AUGGUUGCGAUGGGGAAGCACUCUAAGAAAUCUCGAGGGCUUAGCGAGGGGCAUAUCCGCGAUAUUGGACAACUACUCUCCGAGUCAUGCCUGCCCAAAAUGGUGGAUCCGCAGCAAACUUCUCCACCGGACUCGAUGUCUCCCUCAGAUGAAGAGGACCAGGAGCUAGAGGAGGCCUUGACAUACAAACGCAGGAGCAAGGUUCUCCCUCCACAGCAGACAGAGCCACAGCAGAUGCAGCCACGGCAAAUAGAGCCACCCUGGCCAAAAUGGAUCUGA